AAUAUUUAGUUAACUUAGAAUUACUGUAGUAGUUUGUAGUGAAACAUAAGUGUGUGUGUUAUGUUAAAUUAAAAAUGUGUUCUAUUGAAUCUUCUAAAAUUCAUCAAAUUCCUUUACCAUUAGACUGUCAAAAUAUGUACAUAGGUAGCGGUGGAUUUUAUCCUAAUUUCAAAAUACCUACACAACCAAAGAGGUUUUCAAUAUCCUCAACUAUUUUUACACUGUCUAUUAUUUUGUGUCUAUUUAGUUGUUUAUUAACUGUAACAUUAUCUUUUAAAUGGCAUGCCGAUACAAAAAAUCAAAUUGAUCGAUUGCUAGAUACAGUUGAAGAGGUUAUAAAAGAUUUAAAUAUAUUUACUAACACUGUCAAAAGUCAAUUAGCAAAAAAUGAGCAUAGCAUUUAUAAGGAAAUGAAAGAUAAAAGUGAUGGAAUGAAUUAUAAUGAUGAAUUGGAUGAAGAUUACGAAGAUGAUAAAUUCAUGGGCAAAGAUUUAUUUGAUAACUUUCCACCCACCAAAAAUAUAACUGAUCAUUCUGUAAAUGAUUUCUAUGAACUAAACGUCAAGGCAAAGCGAAGUGCUGAAGUAGAUGAAACAAAUGGAUUAAAAAAUCAUUUAAAUAGUCCAAGCAAUCAAAAGAAAAUUAUUGAUGUGGAUAUAGAAUCAGAAGAGAGCGAAGAAAAUACUGUUAGAACAUAUAUCCGUCACAAACAAAAAAAAGUAGGAACUUCCAGGAAAAAAAUUAUUGUAGAAGAAGAUACAGAUGAAGAAGAUUUUAAGGAAGCCAUAGAAACUUUUGCUGCAGCUCAUUUCACCAGCGACUCUUCUAAGUAUAACACCAAAACACAUUCACAUUAUCAUGGAAACGGCCGAUUAAGACAUCCAGAUGGUGAAUUUAAAGAUUGGAUGCCAUAUCUUUGGGAUGCCAACAUAAAUAAUGUCCAUAGCUUUCAAAUGAAGAAUGGAAAAGUUGAAAUUUUCAAAAGUGGACUUUAUUUUAUUUAUGCUCAAAUUUACUAUUCUGAUCAGCACGACAUCAAUGGUUAUUAUAUAAUAAAAAAUGAUGAAAAAAUACUUGGCUGUACAACUACUAGGCAUAGAGAAACACAAUCUGAUUCUUGUUACACUGGUGGCUUAACUUACUUAAAUGUUAAUGAUGUAUUAUCUAUAAAAGGAUUGGAUAGUGAAAGAUAUAUAAUAUUAGACCCUGUGAAAAGCUUUUUUGGCCUUUUUAAAAUAUCCAAUGAAAACAAAAAAGUUUAA